CGUUGUUAACGUUCUUGUUUAUUUAUUUGAAAUAAAGUUAUUUUAUAUGAUUUUCUUUCUUAUUAAGUAAGUUUAUUUGUUUGUAGGUAGUACAGUGAAGUUUAAGUGCAAAUGUGGUGGUUUUCUUUGCUUAAAAUCUAGAAGCGAAGAGUAUCCAUGGGCGUUAACUUCAGGCAGCUGUAAUCAAAGACUGAAUUAUGAAUCUCUUAUUAUUAACAUAUAUACUAUGUACAACAGUAUUACAACUAUGCAGCUCACAAGACUAUGCAUCUCCUACUUACAAUCCUGACACAAGCCAGCCAAAUCCGACAAAUGAUUACUUGAACCCUGAUCAAAGGUAUGAAAACCCUUAUGAUCCAAAGAGGAGAUAUCAAAACCGUAACCAGAAUCCUUAUGAUCCAAACCAGAGUCAAUAUGAUCCAAACCGCAGUCAGUUUGGAACAGACCAGAGGUUUAAUCAGUAUGAGAAUAGGAAUCAGGAUAUAAACUAUAACCCCAAUCAGUAUAGUUCAGAUGUUACUCAGAGACCAGCAUGGGAUAGUGGCAGAACAUACAGCACCUCAUAUAAGGGUGCAGCACUUGAACACGACAGUGUCAUCAUUAAUGAAGCCACAUACUUCAUAGUAGCAUCUAGAAUGGUGCGACCAGGACAGAUAUACAAGAUAUCAGCUAAUAUUCUCGAAGCCCGCAUGCAAAUGACCAUCAGGGCUUCCAUAUCUUGCAAUGGAGUGGAAAUAGCUGAUGUCAACCAGAGGGUUAAGGAGGGAGUGCCUGAAAUAUUGAACAUGAGAGUGCCAGCCACCACAGUGCCAGGAGAGUACAAGUUGCGCGUCGAGGGCCUGUACCUGGACACGCCGUUCGGAGGCCGAGCUUUCGUCAACGAGACUCAGCUGUCUUUCUCCAGACGGUUCAUGACUAUAUUCAUACAGAUGGACAAGCCUGUCUACAUGCAGGGACAGACUGUACGUUUUCGUGUGAUACCGAUCAACACCGAGCUGAAAGCUUUCGGGCGAGCCAUCGACGUAUAUGUGUUGGACCCCAAUCGCCGCAUCAUGAAGAGAUGGCUCUCAAGACAGAGUAACUUCGGUACAGUGAGCCUGCAGUACCAGAUGUCGGACCAGCCGCUGUUUGGCGAGUGGCACAUCCGCGUCGAGGCGCUCGGACAGAUUGAGGAGGCGCAGUUCCUCGUCGAAGAGUACUACCAGACCAGAUAUGAGGUGAACGUAACAAUGCCGGCGUUCUUCUUCAACACGGAGACCUACAUCCACGGCCGCAUCAUGGCCAACUACACGUCGGGCGCGCCCGUGCGCGGGAACCUCACGCUCAAGGCCACCAUCCGGCCCAUCCCGCAGUACCGGCCGCGGUACUACUCGCAGGGACAGUUCAAUAACAGGGGACAGUUCGGCAUACCCACCGGCUAUGGCAGCACUCAGUAUACAAGAGUCCAUCCAAACUACCCUUACGGCUACAACAACGAAAGCAACUACCAGCAGCAAUACGACUACGGCAACGGGCAGUCCGUGAUAGACGAGUACGGCCGUGUAGUCAACAAGGACACGCGCUACCUGCCCGGACAACCCAACCAGCUGGACCAGCUCGACUGGUGGUACGACCCACAGAAAGUUGUCACAAGGAUGUUUAACUUUGACGAGAAGUACCCCUUCUGGAUGCCGAAGCCGGACCCGACGCAGUACGCGAUCGACCACAACAAUAUCAACAACAACAUCAACAGCAACCAAAACAACCCCAACUACAACAGUUACACCACAACGUCGACGUACAGCAACUAUUACAACAAUCCCUAUUACGACCAGCUGCCGUACCUGAGAUUUUUUAACGGCACGUACGACUUCAAGUACCCGAUGUCGGAGCUAGCUCAGCUGGUCCCGACGCUAGAUGGCGUGGAGGUCAUCAUCACGGCGUCGGUGGGAGACCCCUUCCUGGACGAGGUCAUCGAGGGCUACAGCAUCGCUCGCAUCUUCAACUCCUCCUUACAAGUCACGUUCCUCGGAGGCACGCCGCAAGUCUUCAAGCCUGCGAUGCCGUUUGAUGUCUAUAUGGUGGUGUCGUACCACGACGGGUCGCGGCUGCCGGCGUGGCAGGCGCGCGGCGUGUCGCUGCAGGUGCAGCUGCAGCUGGAGGGCCGCGGCGGCGCGCUGGACCCGCAGCAGCCCACGCUCGUGCCCGGACACGACGCCGUCUGGCAUCUCAAGCUCGACCUCUACAAGCUGCUCCGACUCCAGAACGACCCGAACUACCGCGAGGUACUGAACAGCAUCACAGGCGUCCGCCUGUCCGCGCAGCUGUCGGACGCGGCGGGAGGCCGCGCGUCCGCCGACGUGCACUUCGUAGCGCACUACAGCGCUAACAACCACCACAUACGUAUCUCUACCAGUACUACUGACGCUAGGGUUGGAGAGUACAUAAUAUUCCAUGUGCAGAGCAACUUUUACAUGGAAUCAUUCAACUAUGUUGUUAUGUCUAAAGGUAUCAUUCUCACCAGUGGUCAAGAAAUCAUGCAGGAGGGGGUCCGCACGUUCGCGGUGUCGGUGUCGGCGGAGAUGUCGCCGGUGGCCACGGCGCUGGUGUGGGCGGCGCAGCGCCGCGCGCACGUGCUGGCCGACUCGCUCACCUUCCCCGUCAACGGCAUCUCGCGGAACAACUUCACGGUGUUCAUCAACAACCGCAAGCACCGCACUGGCGAGCGCGUGGAGGUGGCCAUCUACGGCGAGCCGGGCGCCUACGUGGGGCUGUCCGGCAUCGACAACACCUUCUACACCAUGCAGGCCGGGAACGAACUCACCUACGCCAAGGUGAUAUCGAAGAUGUCUCACUUCGACGAGUCCACAAACGGUACGUUCGCGUACACGUGGCGCUCGCACUUCGGCGACGCUGACGAUCUCGUGUACUUCCCCUCUUCCACAUUCGGUAUCGACGCGAACAGGACUUUCGAGUACGCGGGGCUGGUGGUGUUCAGCGACGUGGCGGUGACCCGGCGCUACACGACGUGCAACGUGUCGCAGGGCUACGGCGAGUGCCUGGAGGGGGGCUGCUACCCGCUCAGCAAGCGCUGCGACGGCAGCUACGACUGCCCCGACCACACCGACGAGUCCAACUGUGAAUCGGAUAUAAACAAGUCGUUCGAGCUAACUCACUUCCGCAAGUUCCGUUUCAACCGCGUGCAGCGACAGUACGACAACGUGUGGCUGUGGCGCGACGUCAACAUCGGCCCGCACGGACGAUACGUGUUCACUGUUGAUGUCCCACAGAUCCCAGCUCAUUGGAUAGUGUCCGCCUUCAGCAUGUCCGCCAGCCGCGGUCUGGGGAUGCUCACUGAACCCAAACGAUAUAUAGGCGUGCUGCCGUUCUUCAUAAAGGUGGAGGGCCCCGACCAGUGUCGUCAGGGCGAGCAGGUCGGGCUCAGGGUCGUGGUGUUCAACUACCAGCCGCAGGAUAUCGAGGCUGUUGUGGUACUGUCUGCCUCUCCAGACUACAAGUUCGUCCAUGUCGAAGAGAAUGGCAUUGUCCGCUCGUACAACCCUCGCACGUCGUUCGGCGAGCACCAGUUCUUCGUGUACAUCGUGUCGGGCGACGCGGCCACGGUGUACGUGCCCGUCGUGGCCACGCGCCUGGGCGACAUGCACGUCCGGCUGCACGCGUCCACGCUCAUGGGGCAACACCACGUCGUCAAGAAGAUCAGGGUCGAGCCGGACGGCCUCCCCCAAUACCGCCACCAGUCGGUCCUGCUGGACCUGUCGAACCGCGCCUACGUGUUCCAAUACAUGCACGUGAACGUGACGGAGACCCCCAUCAUCCCGUACGAGGUGGACCGCUACUACGUGUUCGGUUCCAACCGCGCCAGGAUAUCGGUGGUGGGCGACGUCGUGGGGCCGCUGUUCCCAACCAUGCCCGUUAAUGCUACUAGCUUGUUGGAUCUGCCCAUGGACUCAGCCGAGCAGAACAUGUUCAGUUUCGCUGCGAACAUGUACCUGACCCUGUACAUGCGGCUCAUCAACCAGCGCAACAGGACGCUGGAGCGCGACGCCUUCUACCACAUGAACACGCUCUACCAGCGGCAGCUGUCCUUUAUGAAGCCCGACGGAUCCUUCAGCUUAUUUAGGAGCGACUGGAACCAAUCAGCGUCAAGCGUGUGGCUGACGUCAUUCUGCGCUAAGAUAUUCCAAGACGCGUCUUUCAAUGAGUGGGAGAACUUCAUAUACAUUGAUCCGGAAGUGAUAUCGAUGGCUGUGUCGUGGGUGCUGGACCACCAGACGCCGGAGGGCGCGUUCUACGAGGUGACGUGGCUGCCCAACAGGAACGACAACUCCACCAUCGUGGUGCCCAAGAACUCCACGCUGUACCGCGAGGCCUUCGGCCACGCCGGCUGGCACGACCCGAGUGCUGUCGAAGUGAAUGAUUCAAUAAUUAUGCAACGAAAUCUAACGCUAACCGCACAAGUCGUCAUCACUCUGGAAACUGUCAAGAAUCUCAAAGAUAUUGGUGUGAGAGAGGGCCUGAGCGCGCGCGUGUCGUCGGCGCAGCAGCGCGCGUGCCGCUGGCUGGAGCGGCACCUGCGCCUGCUGCAGGAGCGCGGCUCGGCCUACGCGCUGGCGCUGGUGGCGCACGCGCUCACGCACGCCAAGGCGCCCAGCUCCGAGCACGCCUACCGCCUGCUCAAGCGGCGCCAGCGCUACGAGGGUGGUCUCAGCUACUGGGGCCGCGAGCCAGUUCCACAACCCCCAUACAAGAUGGAGAACCAGAAGCCGUUCUUACUGCCGCGUCUGCCCUACCGCUACGACAGCAACAACAUUGCGGCCACUGCCUACGCGCUGCUCGCCUGUAUGGACCACCAGGACAACAAUGAGGCUAUUGUUAUGUGGCUCAACGCGCAACGACUUAAAGAUGGCGGCUGGGCCUCCACUCAGGACACGUACAUAGCUCUGCGCGCGCUGAUCGAGUACACGAACCGCAAGCGGCUGCGUGACGUGUCGUCGCUGACCGUCAGCGUGGACGCCGUGGCACUGUCCGGCGAAACGCGAACGCUCUACGUCAAGAAUGACAACCUCGCCGUCAUGCAGUACAUCGACAUCCCGGAGGCGUGGGGCACGGUGAAGGUGACGGCGCGCGGCGCGGGCUACGCGCUGCUGCAGAUGUCGGUGCAGUACAACGUGGACAUCGCGCGCUUCCAGACGCCACCGCCGCUGCGCUGCUUCCAGCUGCGCGCCGCGCACCACUUCCACGGCCGGAACCAGUCGCACAUCGAGUACCAGGGCUGCGCCAGCUGGACGCUGCUGGAGGAGUCCCCUCGCUCGGGCAUGGCGGUGAUGGAGGUGGGCAUCCCGACGGGCUACAUGAUCCAGCAGCAGCGGCUGGACGCCUAUGUACUGUCGCGACGCGUGCCCACGCUGCAGCGAGCCAAGUACCUGCCCACCAAGAUACUCUUCUACUUCGACUAUCUAUCUGAAGAGCAGACAUGCGUGAACUUUACCGUCGAGCGUUGGUUCCCUGUCGCCAACAUGUCGAGAUACCUACCGAUAAGAGUCUACGACUAUUACGCACCCGAACGAUUCAACGAGAGCAUAUUCGACGCCCUACCAACAUACCUACUGAACAUUUGUGAAGUGUGCGGGUCCUCUCAGUGUCCCUACUGCGCGAUAUACAAUAACGCUUUACGUUCUACCGUCGCCGCACCACUCCUACUCAUAGCCGUCCUCGUGACGCUCACACGGUAUCUAAGACCGCAAGCAUUCUUCUACGGAAUCUCAUAGUAUGUAUACUAAACGAAAAGUAAAUUUAGAAUUGAGGAAUUUUAUACCAAAACUUGGAUUUAAAUAUGAUUUGGAGUAUGAAAUGGCUUGUAAUAUAAAUAUAUGAAUUACCUACGGAACUAUAGUUUUAGCAUAUUUUUAUAUGCUUUUUUAGAUAAGUAUUUGAGAAAUUGUGUCAAUUAGUUAUCUACAUGAUAAUUUUAGUACAAAUAAUUAAUGCGUGUGAUUUAUGUUACUGGAAUUAUUCGUUUUUUGCUUCUAUACCGCACAUACAGUAACUAGAGCGUACACAAUAAAAAUCUCAAAUUAAAGUACAUGAGGUUAUGUAACAUAGACACACGGUCAAUGCGCAAUUCAUUUUUCCGCGUGAAUGGAGAAAUUAAAAAAAUCUUACAUAUUCAAUAUUACAAGCCAUUAUGUAACCAACUCGUUCAAUGCUUAGAUGUGUAGUUAAAACUACUUUGUCAUAAAGGUAAACAGUGUUGGAAUCUCAAUCAAUUCAAAAUAGCCAUUCUUUAAAUCAUAAAUAUUAUACAAAAAAACGCAAAUGAAGUGUAUUUACUAGUAUAUUUACUAAAUACUGUGAAUACGGUAUAUACAUAAAUGCCUUGAACCUGUCAAUUGGUAUCAUCUAGUAUUAUACCUAAAAUAAUUACGUAUAUUUUCUUUUACAUGUAUAUACUUGCUGUAUUGUAACCCAAAAUGUAUAUUUUACGGUACUUGAGGUUCAUUUUUGGUUAUUAUCAUUGUAGAACUUAACAGAUAAAAGAAUCUCUUUUCGAUCGCUACACACGCCGUAGUGUAAUUUCCUAUCCACUAACUCGUAAGUAAGUUAAAAUUAAGACUCAGUGCCCAUAUACCAGUUCUUUAAUGUAGUUUUAUCAUUUAAAAUCAAGAAAAAGAUAUUUCUACACUAUAUAAGUAUACUAAAUGUAUUAUUUUUACUUUAACCACCGUUUAUAUUUAGUAAGCUUCAAAUCAUAUAUAUUAAAGUUUAAAAACUUUACUUGCAAUUGUAUUAAAUAUUAAAGUAAAAAUUAUGUAUGGCAGUUUUCAUAUACCAUUGCCUGUGGAUAUGAGGAUAAGAUUUACAUUGAAAUCGGUUUUCUUACUAAAAUAUGUCUAAUUUCUAUCCGUAAAAAUGUAGGACCCUGUCCAAACAUGAUUCCCGUCUCCAUUCCAGUUUAGUGUAGAUAAGAAGUGUUCAUCGUAGAUUAAGUGUUCAAUAAGGCGUGGAUUGCGGUUUUUUAUUCAAAUAUGUAAAUUGUGGUUGUAUUCUCACCAGAAGAGUCCCAUAGUAUAAUUUAUAUACUGGGAGGUUUGGUUUUUGAGGAUUUCUGUACAAUUUUUUGCAAUAUGCAUGGUUUUGGUGUGAAUAUUGUGCUCAAAAGUGAGCAUUUGAUAAAUUGAUCAAUCUAUUUAGGUACAUAUUUUACGUCUUAAACACGUGUGCAAAGGCUGUCUUCCUUUUAGAAUAAUGACAGAUUAACAACAUGAUUGAUAAUUAAUUAUAUGAUUGGAUCAUUAUGUGUGCAUUCUAAAGAGUUGUGCCUAAUUUCAAGUGUUGUGACUUAAUAGUAUAAUAAUGUUUAUAUACAUUAGCGUCAAGGAUUCGGCUGUCCAUGAACUACCGUAAUGCACGUCUGUUUUGACGACUCCAGUUUGUAUAAAAGACAUUUAUUAUGAUUUAUUUUUAUCAAAUCAUGUUAUGUUUUUAUUUGUAGUAUCUUCCAAGAACAAUCCAUGUAAUAUGUAAGAUUAGAAAUCACCGUCGUAAUAUUUUAGUUACAUUAUGAUUUUCCGUUAUCGUAAGCAUUUAACUCAAUCUCUAUCUCUUUCUUUAACCUUGGUGCUGUCUCUUUUACGUUCUAACUUUUAUACUUUUCGUUUCUGAAUAAUUUGAGUUAUUUUUCUACAAAACUCUCUCACAUAACAUAAUUGUAUCCACACAUAUCGAAAUUCUACAGUAUAUUUAGAUAAAAACAGAUAACAAAUUGUGAUGAUUGAUUAUAUCAUAGCAUUAAAUGCAUCCUUGCCUUGAUUCAAAUAUUUUUAUACAAUGGCAGCGCGGAGCAGUUCUAUGUAAAUAAUGUAAUUGUAGGAUUUCUAUGUAGUACUUGAAUUAAUAUUUUUACCUUUCUCAUAAGAACCUAUCAUCUGACUUUUUUUUUAAUUUUGUGGUAAGAGAAAAAACCAUUCUAAAAGUUUUUGCCAGAUGCUAUUUGCAUUUAAAAAUUUUGUAUUUAGAUAAAUAACUGAGCAAUAUAUAUGAAAUGUCAAUCAUAAUGCCUUAUUAACAAAAGACAAUAUAAGAAACUAAAAUUUAUUGGAAAUAUUUUAAUGAAAUUUAUACAUUAAUUUGUAAUUAUAUUAUUAGUAUAAGUCAUCAUAAUUAUCAUGGCAAAUAAGAGUACCUAUUUAUUUUUCGUAUUUCAGAAUAUUUACGACAUUGAGUACAAAAAUGUACCGUCCAAAAUUGCCAACAAAAAAUAUUAUAAAUUAUAUUAAAAAAUGUAUUCAAGUGAAUCUCAUGUCUUUAUCACAAUGUGAGCAUGUUACUUAAGUAGUUUCCGUCCAAAUUACCAAUGACUGAUUUUUUUUUACUUUUAUGUAUUUGUGUGUAAUAUUGUCCUAAGUUGUUACAAAGCUUUUCUGUAGACUAGGAGAGUGGUUUAUCGUCAUAGAUUUAUUUCCAAAUAAAAUCUUACAAAAUA